UUCCCCCUCCCUCUCUCUUUCCCUUGUAUGUUAUUCUGAAAUCUAGAAUUCUUCUUGUAAUUUAUAGCGCACCAAGAAAAAAAAUAUAACAGUAGACGCUAAAGAAAAAUCACAGACAUCAUGGAAGCCAAAAAAACCUGAUUCCAAGCCACAUUGCCCAACACAGUCCACUCCUCCUGGGAAUAUUAAUUCAAUUAGAACUCGAGAUAAAAUAAAGAAAUCUGAAAAGUCCACUAAGGAGCGCAAAAAGAAGGAGACACUCGAUGAAAUGCGCGUGCACGUGAGGACGUAAGGACGCUUCGCGCUCUUGGGUGAGGAGGGAGAGCUAUGGGAGAGUCGGGAGGAAGGACGGACUACAGCAAGUGAGAGAGCGGCUCCCCCCCAUGCACAAGCACACGCUGCAUAGCUUCCUUAUCGGCUCUCCAGGGAGCCGCCGGGACCGCUCGAACACCUCCGCACUGAGAGCUGCAGAUAGCGGGUUGCUGGCCGCACCGUUCCGCUGCAUCGGGAAACAGAGCCCACGCAAGUAAACUGAGAAGGGCAUAAGAAGUAAGUCGAGCAGGGCAAGCACCGGAAGGACAGCACCCGCCGACCACACUCUCUCCUGCCAGGUUACAAACCACAGACGUGAGUAUGGUGAGCCAGCGACAUGCUGAGCUCUGAUGAAAUGUCUGCACUUCUCCCAGCAGAUACAAGAGACGUGAGGUAUACUCUUAAACUGUGAUUACGUUUUUUUUUAAGAAGAUUCAGAAGGGCUGCAUACAGUAAAUCUCUGUGAACAUUUUUGCAAAAGGGAGACACACCAGGCUCGUUGGGAAAAUUUAGUCUAUGAUAUCUCACAUGCUGCUUGUUUUUUACUUUCCCUUUGUAUGAUAAGUUGUGCCCAACAGGGCAUAGAAUACGGACGUUGAUUAUAUUGGGGAAAUGUACCCUGCAAGGUUGGAUAGGGUAUAGAAAAAUCCCCCAUCCGUGAACAGGAGGACCCAAAUAGCUGAGGAAAUCGAGAAUUUAUAGAUAAGCAGCAGCUGCCUGUUCUAAAUGACCCUGAAUAGAAGGGUAGAUAAGGACACAUCAACUGACUAAAGGAGACUAAACACAUCACAGCUGAAAAAGUCAGAACAGGCAAAUCUGCAAAUUUACACAAAUAUAUUUUUUCCCUUCAUUCAUAUAUUAUUCUAAAGACGGGGCCAUCUCCCUGUACCCUCUAGGUCGCUGUGGACCGAAGGACAACUAUAAGUACCCCUCCCUCAGAGAGACCCCUAGGUCCCCCCUCGAUACGGGACUCCUCCCAUUUCUCUGGAGUACCAUACUUUCUUAGGCCAUUAAAUUAGUCAGAAAAGAGAUUGUAAAGGGAAGGAAACCUAAAGUCACUCUGUACCCCUCCCCUCAACGCUCUAAUAGUGAAUGCUAAACAGGUGAACCACUGUCCAAAUUACUCCCCUAGUAGAUGCAGACACUAUUCUUCUAGGAAUCAGACCGGGUGACAUCCUAAAAUCACUAAUAAACAUAUGAAAUAGGGGAAGGGUCCUAUAAGAAGGGUUAAAAUAAAAGAAAUAAUAAAAGAAAAAAAAAUCUGGAAAAUCGCUUAGAAAUCCUGCCCAGGAUUAUAAGUGUACCGGAUAUCCUGAUCAAAAUUGGAUAACACAUUAAAAAAAAAAAAACACCUCGACACCCCCAGUCCCAUCGCACCUGGUACCCCAUACGGGUUACCUCCAUCUAUAUCAAGUGUGUUUUUUAUCUGUUGGAAACAAAAGGUCAAGCUGGGGAAGAGAAUCAGAAGGAAGGUAAUUAACAUGAGCAGAAUGAUAAGCAGAUCAACAAAGGGGGGACCCCCCACUACCCCAAGCAACAUAACAGCAACAAGUUCAAUAAGACCCUUCGUGACCAGAGGAGAAAGCCCACGAGCUCUCAGAGCCCAGGGAGUAACAAAGCAACAACAACAAGUAAAUAAAGCGAAAAAGACUGAAAAUAAGAAGCCACAGAGUGAAAAUUCCAGAGAAACAUCUAUGGAAUCAAGAGAUGAAGGGUCCUUAGUAGGGGGACUGGAAAGCAGCAGGAUGGAUGAACAAAGAUCAGAUGCACAGUCCCUCUCAAAAGGAGAAAUGGCAGAGAUGCUGCAAAAAUUGGAAAAUGCGAUAAUGGGUGAAAUACAGAAUCUGCGGACCGAUUUUGGCCAUAUGCUCUCCAGACUUGAAUCAGCAGAGGAACAAAUAGAGAAACAAGAACAAGAAUCAAUCUCACUAAAAGAUCAGAUCAAUCAGAUUCAAUUACAACAGAGGCAUAUUCUCUAUAAAUUAGAAGAUCAGGAAAACAGAAACCGGAGACAAAACCUGAGGAUAAGGUCAAUACCAGAGAAGAAGGGGGAAGACCUCAAGACAAUAACACAGACGAUAUUUAAUCCACUACUGGGAAAACCGGCAGAUAACCCAAUCAUGAUUGAACGGGUACAUCGAGUUGGAAAUCCGAAAAGAGGUUCCUCGGAGCGACCCUGAGAUGUUAUAAUAAGGUUCCGAUUUUUUGUAGACAGGGAAGGAAUCUGGAAGAAGCUGAGGGGACAACCCCAGAUAGUCUUUGAAGGGGUAAAUCUCCAGAUUUUCACCGACGUAGCCCCAGAAACCCUGGCUAGGAGAUGGCUGUUAAAACCACUCCUAAAACAGAUGAUGGACUCGAAUAUCAAAUAUACCUGGGGAUUCCCUGCCUGCUUAAUUGGGACAAGAGAGGGGAGAUCAGCAAUAUUGAGAUUCCCCGAGGAUUUAAAGGAGUUCUGCAGGAAAUUAGACAUUCGGGUGCCCGAUCUUUCGGGUUGGAGUUAGAGGGGGGGAAUGGAGAGAGAGAGAGGGGGGGCCCUAUCCUGAGGCCCCCCGCCCUCUCCGUAUCUCUCUACCCGGACUGAUCUUUCGUUAUAUCAUGUCCCUUCAGGACCUUUCUUUUGGAUGGUUCCCUUAGUUUGUCUUUUUCUUUUUUUUUUUUUUCUUCUCUCUCCCCCUACCUGCCUUGGGAUCCGAGAGGGCCCCUGGUGGAUAUGGAGGAGAAGAUUGUAAUUCGUCUCCCACCUCCCCUAUCUAAAAGAUAGGGGGGGGGAAUCCCAAACCUCACCCAGAGCGAUCUGAACCAAGACAUGGUAGUUGGUUCAGGGGUCUUUAA